GGGUACUUAUGUAUGGCAGAACGGGCCAACCUGGUCUUUCAUAAUAAAGAGAUAGACGGAACUGCUAUGAAACGGCUUAUUAGCAGAUUAAUAGAUCAUUUCGGAAUGGGAUAUACAUCCCAUAUACUGGAUCAAAUAAAGACUCUGGGCUUCCAUCAAGCCACUACUACAUCGAUUUCUUUAGGAAUCGAGGAUCUUUUAACAAUACCCUCUAAAGGAUGGUUAGUCCAAGACGCGGAACAACAGAGUUUUCUUUUGGAGAAACACUAUUAUUAUGGAGCUAUACACGCGGUAGAAAAAUUACGCCAAUCCGUUGAGAUAUGGUAUGCUACAAGUGAAUAUUUGAAACAAGAAAUGAAUUCGAAUUUUCGAAUAACGGAUCCUUCUAAUCCAGUCUAUCUAAUGUCUUUUUCAGGAGCCAGAGGAAAUGCAUCUCAGGUACACCAAUUAGUAGGUAUGAGAGGGUUAAUGGCGGAUCCUCAAGGACAAAUGAUUGAUUUACCUAUUCAAAGCAAUUUACGCGAGGGACUUUCUUUGACAGAAUAUAUAAUUUCCUGCUACGGAGCCCGAAAAGGGGUUGUAGAUACUGCUGUACGAACAGCGGAUGCUGGCUAUCUUACACGUAGACUUGUUGAAGUAGUUCAACAUAUUAUUGUGCGUAGAAGAGAUUGUGGUACUAUCCAAGGUAUUUCUGUGAGUCCUCAAAAUGGGAUGACGGAAAAACUUUUUGUCCAAACACUAAUUGGUCGUGUAUUAGCAGACGAUAUAUAUAUUGGUUCACGAUGCAUUGCUUCUCGAAAUCAAGAUAUUGGAAUUGGAUUAGUCAAUCGAUUCAUAACUGCCUUUCGAGCACAACCGUUUCGAGCACAACCAAUAUAUAUUAGAACCCCCUUUACUUGCCGGAGCACAUCUUGGAUCUGUCAAUUAUGUUAUGGGCGGAGUCCCACUCAUGGGGAUCUGGUCGAAUUGGGGGAAGCUGUAGGUAUUAUUGCGGGUCAAUCAAUUGGGGAGCCGGGGACUCAAUUAACAUUAAGAACUUUUCAUACUGGUGGAGUAUUCACAGGGGGUACUGCCGACCUUAUACGAUCCCCCUCGAAUGGAAAAAUCCAAUUCAAUGAGGAUUUGGUUCACCCCACACGUACCCGUCAUGGGCAGCCUGCUUUUCUAUGCUAUAUAGACUUGCAUGUAACUAUUCAGAGUCAGGAUAUUCUACAUAGUGUGAAUAUUCCGUUAAAAAGCUUGAUUCUAGUGCAAAAUGAUCAAUAUGUAGAAUCUGAACAAGUAAUUGCGGAGAUUCGUGCCGGAACGUCCACUUUGCAUUUUAAAGAAAAGGUACAAAAGCAUAUUUAUUCCGAAUCAGACGGGGAAAUGCACUGGAGUACUGAUGUUUACCAUGCGCCCGAAUAUCAAUAUGGUAAUCUUCGUCGAUUACCAAAAACAAGCCAUUUAUGGAUAUUGUCAGUAAGUAUGUGCAGAUCCAGUAUAGCAUCUUUUUCGCUGCACAAGGAUCAAGAUCAAAUGAAUACUUAUUCUUUUUCUGUUGAUGGAAGAUAUAUCUUUGACUUCUCAAUGGCUAAUGAUCAAGUAAGCCAUAGACUGUUGGAUACUUUUGGUAAAAAAGAUAGAGAAAUUCUUGAUUAUUUAACGCCAGAUCGAAUCGUGUUCAACGGUCAUUGGAAUUGUUUCUAUCCUUCCAUUCUUCAAGAUAAUUCAGAUUUGUUGGCGAAAAAGCGAAGAAAUAGGCUCGUCGUUCCAUUACAAUAUCAUCAAGAACAAGAAAAAGAGCGAAUAUCCUGUUUGGGUAUUUCAAUGGAAAUACCCUUUAUGGGUGUUUUACGUAGAAAUACUAUUUUUGCUUAUUUUGACGAUCCACGAUACAGAAAAGAUAAAAGGGGUUCAGGAAUUGUUAAAUUUAGAUAUAGGACCCUGGAGGAAGAAUAUCGGACCCAAGAGGAAGAGUAUAGGACUCGAGAGGAAGAAUAUCGGACUCGAGAGGAAGACUCAGAAGACGAAUAUGAGAGCCCAGAGAACAAAUAUAGGACCCGAGAGGGAGAGGGCGAAUAUAAAAUCCUAGAAGACGAAUAUAGGACUCUAGAGGACGAAUAUGAAACCCUAGAAGAUGAAUAUGGGAUCCUAGAGGACGAAUAUAGGACUCUAGAGAAAGACUCAGAGGAAGAAUAUGGGAGCCUAGAGAACAAAUAUAGGACUCGAGAGGGAGAGGGCGAAUAUGAAAUCCUAGAGGAAGAAUCAGAAGAAGAAUAUGGGAGCUCUGAAGAUGGCUCAGAGAAGGAAUAUGGGACUUUAGAAGAAGACUCAGAAGAAGACUCAGAGGAAGACUCAGAAGACGAAUAUGGGAGCCCGGAGGAAGAUUCUAUCUUAAAAAAAGAGGGUUUUAUUGAGCAUCGAGGAACAAAAGAAUUUAGUCUAAAAUACCAAAAAGAAGUAGAUCGGUUUUUUUUCAUUCUUCAAGAACUGCAUAUCUUGCCGAGAUCCUCAUCCCUAAAGGUACUUGACAAUAGUAUUAUUGGAGUCGAUACACAACUCACAAAAAAUACAAGAAGUCGACUAGGUGGAUUGGUCCGAGUGAAGAGAAAAAAAAGCCAUACAGAACUCAAAAUCUUUUCCGGAGAUAUUCAUUUUCCUGAAGAGGCGGAUAAGAUAUUAGGUGGCAGUUUGAUACCACCAGAAAGAGAAAAAAAAGAUUCUAAGGAAUCAAAAAAAAGGAAAAAUUGGGUUUAUGUUCAACGGAAAAAAUUUCUCAAAAGCAAGGAAAAGUAUUUUGUUUCGGUUCGACCUGCAGUCGCAUAUGAAAUGGACGAAGGGAUAAAUUUAGCAACACUUUUCCCGCAGGAUCUCCUGCAAGAAGAGGAUAAUCUCCAACUUCGACUUGUCAAUUUUAUUUCUCAUGAAAAUAGCAAGUUAACUCAAAGAAUUUAUCACACGAAUAGUCAAUUCGUUCGAACUUGCUUAGUAGUGAAUUGGGAACAAGAAGAAAAAGAGGGAGCUCGUGCUUCUCUUGUUGAGGUAAAAACAAAUGAUCUAAUUCGCGAUUUCCUAAGAAUUGAGUUAGUCAAGUCUACUAUUUUGUAUACACGAAGAAGGUAUGAUAGGACAAGUGUAGGAUUGAUUCCCAAUAAUAGGUUAGAUCGCAACAAUACCAAUUCCUUUUAUUCCAAGGCGAAGAUUCAAUCACUUAGCCAACAUCAAGAAGUUAUUGGCACCUUGUUGAAUCGAAAUAAAGAAUAUCCAUCUUUGAUGAUUUUGUUGGCAUCCAACUGUUCUCGAAUUGGUUUAUUCAAGAAUUCUAAAUAUCCCAAUGCGGUAAAAGAAUCGAAUCCUAGAAUUCCUAUUCGAGAUAUUUUUGGGCUCUUAGGCGUUAUUGUACCUAGUAUAUCGAAUUUUUCUUCAUCUUACUAUUUAUUAACGCAUAAUCAGAUCUUGUUAAAAAAAUACUUGUUCCUUGACAAUUUGAAACAAACCUUACAAGUACUUCAAGGACUUAAAUACUCUUUAAUAGACGAAAAUAAAAGGAUUUCGAAUUUUGACAGUAACAUCAUGUUGGAGCCAUUCCAUUUGAAUUGGCACUUUCUCCAUCAUGACUCAUGGGAAGAGACAUUGGCAAUAAUUCACCUUGGACAAUUUAUUUGUGAAAAUUUAUGUCUAUUUAAAUUACACAUAAAAAAAUCUGGUCAAAUUUUCAUUGUUAAUAUGGACUCCUUUGUUCUAAGAGCAGCUAAGCCUUAUUUGGCCACUAUAGGAGCAACUGUUCAUGGUCAUUAUGGAAAAAUCCUUUACAAAGGAGAUAGGUUAGUUACGUUUAUAUAUGAAAAAUCGAGAUCCAGUGAUAUAACGCAAGGUCUUCCAAAAGUAGAACAAAUCUUCGAAGCGCGUUCAAUUGAUUCACUAUCGCCGAAUCUCGAAAGGAGAAUUGAGGAUUGGAAUGAACGUAUACCAAGAAUUCUUGGGGUUCCCUGGGGAUUCUUGAUUGGAGCUGAGCUAACCAUAGCCCAAAGUCGUAUCUCUUUGGUUAAUAAGAUCCAAAAGGUUUAUCGAUCCCAAGGGGUACAGAUCCAUAAUAGACAUAUAGAGAUUAUUAUACGCCAAGUAACAUCAAAAGUAAGGGUUUCCGAAGAUGGAAUGUCUAAUGUUUUUUUACCUGGGGAAUUAAUAGGACUAUUGCGAGCGGAACGAGCAGGGCGGGCUUUAGAUGAAUCGAUCUAUUAUCGGGCAAUCUUAUUGGGAAUAACAAGGGCUUCCCUGAAUACCCAAAGUUUCAUAUCUGAAGCAAGUUUUCAAGAAACUGCUCGAGUUUUAGCAAAAGCUGCCCUACGAGGUCGUAUUGAUUGGUUGAAAGGUCUGAAAGAAAACGUAGUUCUGGGGGGGAUUAUACCUGUUGGUACCGGAUUCCAAAAAUUUGUGCAUCGUUCCCCACAAGACAAGAACCUUUAUUUAGAAAUUCAAAAAAAAAAUCUAUUCGCGUCGGAAAUGAGAGAUAUUUUGUUUCUCCAUACAGAAUUAGUUUCUUCUGAUUCUGACGUAACAAACAAUUUCUAUGAAACAUCAGAGACCCCGUUUACCCCUAUUUAUACGAUUUAAGUAUACAUAAAGCAAUUUUUUUUACUUUAAUUUAAACUAUACUUUUGACCUUAGAAUGCUAACAGGUCUGAUUUUCGAUUUUGUACUUAAAUUUAAAUUGUAUUUUAAUAAGUAAAAGAAGUCAGUUAAUUCAUUAAGGCUAUGUUUAUACCGUGUAUCAAUGGUCAAGAAGGUUCCAUUGGAACAAUUAUUAUUUAUUUCAAGCUAUUUCGGCUCUUUCUUAAUCUUCAAAAAGAAAUGAAUUCCGUAAUGGUAACACGAAAAAAGAAAAAAAAAGGAAGUGUGGAAAAAAUGACAAGAAGAUAUUGGAACAUCAAUUUGAAAGAGAUGAUAGAAGCGGGAGUUCAUUUUGGUCAUGGUAUUAAGAAAUGGAAUCCCAAAAUGGCCCCUUACAUCUCGGCAAAGCGUAAAGGUACUCAUAUUACAAAUCUUGCUAGAACAGCUCGUUUUUUAUCAGAAGCUUGUGAUUUAGUUUUUGAUGCAGCAAGUCAGGGAAAAAGCUUCUUAAUUGUUGGUACCAAAAAAAGAGCAGCGGAUUUAGUAGCAUCAGCUGCAAUAAGGUCUCGUUGUCAUUAUGUUAAUAAAAAGUGGUUCAGCGGUAUGUUAACGAAUUGGUCGAUUACCAAAACUAGACUUUCUCAAUUUAGAGACUUAAGAGCAGAAGAAAAAAUGGGAAAAUUCCACCAUCUCCCAAAAAGAGAUGCGGCAAUCUUAAAGAGAAAAUUAUCUACCUUGCAAAGAUAUCUCGGCGGGAUCAAAUAUAUGACGAGGUUGCCUGACAUUGUGAUCGUCCUUGAUCAGCAAAAAGAGUAUAUAGCUCUUCAGGAAUGUGCCAUUUUGGGGAUUCCUACUAUUUCUUUAGUCGAUACAAAUUGUGACCCAGAUCUUGCGAAUAUAUCGAUUCCUGCCAACGAUGACACUAUGACUUCAAUUCGAUUAAUUCUUAACAAAUUAGUAUUUGCAAUUUCUGAGGGCCGUUCUCUCUAUAUAAGAAAUCGUUGAUUAAGAAGAAUAGUGAAUUCUUGAGCAACUGCGUAGAUUUAUAGGAUUAAUUACUAUUCUUUUUUGUUUUGCAUAGAUAAAAGAAGGGAAAUAUUGAUAUAUAUUAGAGGGUAUUGAUAUAUAUUAUGAUCUGAUGUGAUUUCUUGGUAUAUUAAAUAUAAGAUUAAUACUUCAAGUUGCUGAGUUGAGAAAGAGAUGCUUGAAUCAAAAGAAUUCCUUUUUUGAAGUUCAAUUUUUAUCAGAGGACAAUAUGAAUAUUACACCAUGUUCCAUUAAAACACUCAAGGGGUUAUAUGAUAUAUCGGGUGUAGAAGUAGGGCAACACUUCUAUUGGCAAAUAGGAGGUUUCCAAAUUCAUGCCCAAGUACUCAUCACUUCUUGGGUCGUAAUUACUAUUUUGCUAGGUUCAGUUAUCAUAGCUGUUCGGAAUCCACAAACCAUCCCGACCGAUGGUCAGAAUUUCUUCGAAUAUGUCCUUGAGUUUAUUCGAGACUUGAGCAAAACUCAGAUUGGAGAAGAAUAUGGUCCCUGGGUUCCCUUUAUUGGAACUAUGUUCCUUUUUAUUUUUGUUUCGAAUUGGUCAGGUGCUCUUUUACCUUGGAAAAUUAUAGAGUUACCCCAUGGGGAAUUAGCAGCGCCCACGAAUGAUAUAAAUACUACUGUUGCUUUAGCUUUACUAACAUCAGCGGCAUAUUUUUAUGCGGGUCUUAGCAAAAAAGGAUUGAGUUAUUUCGAA